AUGGCUUCACUCUUUCAGCACUUGCGGAUCCUGCUGUGGAAAAACUGGCUGAGCGUCAAAAGGCAGCCUCUUUGGUCGUUCACCUUAAUUUCCUGGCCUUUGAUUGUUUUUAUAAUCCUGGCUAUUGUCCGAAUCAAAUUCCCUCCAGAACCACAACCAAACUGUUAUCUAGCUCCUCGGAACCUCCCCAGUGCUGGUUUUUUCCCAUUCCUACAAACCGUGCUCUGUGAUUCAGAUGCCAAGUGCAAGGACACACCAUACACACCAGAAGAUCUGUUACCAAGACUUCCUGGCAACUCCCCUCUCAGACGCAGAAAGCAGAAAAGGUCAUCUAACCUGGGGAAGGCCAUCCAUCCAUCACCACAGAGUGUUGAGGUUCCAAAAAGCAGGAACACUUCACGAGCAUUAUCGGAUUCAAUAGCUAACCUGAAAAGCACCUUGGAGGAUAUUUCAUCACCGUCCAACUUGAGUUCCAGAAUAAACAUGCUCAACAAAAUUCUAAGUUUGGAAAAGGCACAGACACAGGAUUCAUCUGCAGCAAACAUCAAGAUUGUUAUCUACUUGAAGUCACAAAAUUUCUCUGGCAGUUCAUUGGACUGGAAUAGGUUGCCUUUGUCUACUGCCAGUCUACUGCCAACUGUUCCCCAGUGGAAUGCCAGUAUAUAUGAAUUGGUACAGAUGGUCCAAAAUGCCUCCAACCAACCUGAAUUGAGACAUUUCUCAAGAGUCUAUAAGAGCAUUGGCAAUCUGAUGAUCACCAAAUGGAACCUGACAGAAGUGGAUUCCAGUGUGAAACUAUUGGAAAUACUUAAAAAAGCUCUCAAUGUUGUUGACAUUGGAUUAGCUCCCAGAAAAGCAAAAGCACAUCAAUUCCUUCAUAACUCUAGUUUGGGAAUGAAACACAGAGAUUCGAAAGGUAUACUUAGUUUGUUAAAACGCUUCCUCAACUCAACUUCUGCCAGAAACAACAAACCUGACUUGGAGAGGAUGUUUAAAAGAUCUGCCUUAUCAAAUGAGAUCCCCACUGAAAGACUUUUCUAUACUAAUCCCUAUUCAGAGGAAACGCAACGUUUUUUAAACUUAACUGGAGUAAUUUGGUAUAAACUUAUUUUAAAUAAAGAGCUUUUAUCCCUCCAAAAACUCCUUGCUACCAUGGCAAAGGUGAAUAUAACUCAGCAUUACCUAUUGAUCUCUUCCCUGCCUAAACUAAUGCAGCAUAUCCAAAAUUCCACUGAUGGAGCUCAAUGGAAUGAGCUCAACAGUUACUGGCACAUUGCUGAAAUAUUGCGGUCCAUGAAAUGGAGCAGCACCGAUGUGAUUGCCUACAAGUCACUUUUAGAUGCAUUGCAAAAACAUUUCCAUACAGUGAAAAAUGGCUCAGGUCUCCAUUUUAGUAACAAAUUGAAGCAGUUGAUACAACUUGCAUCCCAAGAAUAUGGCGGAGAAGCAAAUGUCUCAAAAUAUUUGCAAGCAGUACAAAGGAGUAUAUUCAUUAUAAAUGACUUGCAACAAAAGUUUAAUAUCAGUGAAUUGGAAACUAUUGAUCAGUGGAUGAAUUUUGACAAUAACUCCAUCCAGAGAUUGCUUGACAUAUUGAGUGUGGGAAUGAAAAUCCUUUCUGACACCAGAUUGGGCAAAGCAUCCAAUAAAGAAAAAAUUGAUGCUGUCUAUAAUUUUUCACACUUGCUAUUUCAAAAGGAAUUUAACAAGACUUCCUUACAGCACAAUAUUUCAUUAGAAGCAAAAGUGUUGGAUCUCUUGCAUUUAACUUUGAAUCCCUUCCUGGAGGAAGGUAACAAUGACAACGAAAAGCCACAGAACUGCUCUGUCCAUGACAUUUUUUACAUAACACUUCAGAUGCUGUUUAAAAAUGCCACACUACGCGAGUCCUUACCAGGAAGCCAUUGCAAAUUCCUAUUUACUUCCAUGGACAUUCAGACCAGAACAAUGGAAAAUAAAUCAUUUACUGAAUUGUUUCAGCUUGCACUAAGAAACCUAGAGCAGACUCCAGAAUUUGCUAGCAUCUUCAAAAACAAUAGUAAAUAUUUUUCAAGGGAGCUGUCGUGUAUCAUCCAGUCAUUACAGUUUUCUUCUAGUUUUCUUUCAAAUUUAAAUACUGUCUUUCACUUUAAGAAUCCUUGGAUAGAAGGAAAGUAUCAAACCCUGACAGCCAUCUCUAAGGAACUUCCCCAGAGUAAUACAACGUGCCUACCAUCAGCUUUUCAGAGUAUGGAUAGAGUAUUUAAUUCUCAUCCUUUAAGCAGUUUGAUUGCUUUUAUUUUGAACGAGACGGAUAUGAAUUCACAAAAUUUCUCUAGCAGCUCAGUGGCUUGGAAGAACUUGUUCAUUCUCUUCAGUGAUGACCAGGCUGAUGUCCAGCGGAACUCCAGCGUGUAUGAACUGCUACAGAUGGUCCAAAGUGCCUCCAGCCUCUCUGAAUGGAAUAAUUUCUCCAGAGUCUGGGAAGCAGUUGACAACUUGCUAAGCACCAAAUGGAACCUGACCAAAGCGGUGGGGUAUGUGAAGCUGCUGGAAGUGAUGAAGAGGGAUCUGGCUGACAGCGAAUUAUCUCCAGGAAUAAUAGAAGCUGCUCAUUAUGUUCUUAAGAAACUGAACUCUUCUGAUCUGCCAAUCUUAUUGAAGAUGGACCUCAACCCAGAGUCUGCUCCUAACAGAGCUGAUUUCAAUACUGUAUUGGACAGUGUUGCUCAUCCUUUCAGUGUUAUGGCAAAAACCCUUCUCAAUAAGAGCCUGACUUGGAAUGAAGGAGAACAAACCCUGUCUCCUAACAAUUUGGUCGCACAGUUUCUGUUUUUAGAAUUGGAAAACGCCAUCUUACAGGUGUCAGCCGAUAACAUUUACAAGCCAUACUUGAUCUGUUUAAUGAAUAUGAGUGGAAGUCAAGACAAUGAGUUGACAGAAAACAUAACACGUCUUCUGAACCACGCUCAGCUAAAAGAAGCUCCUUUCACUCAAAAUGGCAUCUAUGAGAAACAUGCAUCUAUUCCAGAGAUCCUACAGUUAAAAACAUCUCGCCUCCGAAGCAUGAUAAAACUUCUUUGUGACUACAAGAGCUAUAAAUCACUGCAGCGUAUCUGUCAGCUCCCUACUGUUAGCUUUGAAGCAUUGUGUGAACAAAGUCAAUUUCAUGAGAAGCUCCUUCACAGCUUUGAGUUAAGCAGUCACCUUGUGACAGAUGUAGUUCAUCACAACAGGGUCUUUCGAGAACUUCGAGAUAUACUGAUUGGGGAUCCCACCAAAAUCCAGUCACAAAUGAAUUGGAUUCAAGAAAAUAUACCGCAAAUUGAUUAUUUUCAAGAUAUCCCGCGGUAUAUGGCUAUAAUGAGUUCCAUGAUGAAUACCACUGAGAAUGCAACAGUUUCUCAAAAGCAAGAAAUGCUAAUGGGUAUGUUUAAAAAUGUCGACCAGCUCAAAGAGGAGCUCAGGAAUGAAGCAGGAAUGUCCACAGCAAGUAUCAAAGCCCUGAUGGAAAUGCCUCUCCCAGAAAACACAACUCAGCUCAUUUCUCAGAUUCUCCAGCUGGAGUCAUGUGACGUCCAUUCCAUCGACCCAAAGCUAGACGCAGUAGUAAAGGAGUUCUGCAACCUGUCACUCCCAGAAAGGACCCGCCAGUCUUACAUGCUGGGGGUCAUAUUCUUACAUCACUUAGACAUUUACAAUUUUCUGUACAAGAUGUUUUUCCCCAAAGAACUGCAGAAAUCAAUGGACAAGAUGUUAGGCCUCCUCAAAGAGAUGGAACAUUUCAGGAACCAGGUGGCAUCUGGCAUGCGUCCGCUGUUAGAAGCUAUUAAUUCAUUCAAAAAACUACGGCAGUCUAGAAAUGUGCCCCUCUCCAAGGCAUUGUUUAAAACAACCAACAUAACAAUAACUCAUGGAUCAUUUAAAUCCAUUUCGAAAGCUCUCUGCAAUGAGGAAAUCACACCCUUGUUUUUUGAAUCUUUGCUGCCUAAUUUUGGAGAUCCAAAAAGACCUAGUUCUUCUACCCAGGAUGAAAAUGUACAGAAAAUAAUGAGGAAAUAUGGCAUUCCCCAGGAUCCCACACCUUUCUGCUUAUCGUUUUAUCUGGAUUUGGUUAGUACCUCUACUGGAGCUUUAAUAUGGUCUUUCCUCAAACCUAUGCUGUUUGGGAAGAUUCUGUAUACACCAGACACUCCAGAAACUCGAGCGAUCAUGGAAAAGUCUAAUGCAACCCUGAAGCAGAUGGCUGAUCUAAUGCAAAAGUCCCAGGAAUGGCUGGACAAGUCACCGUUGAUCAUGAAUUCACUGACUACAUUAAACGAAACAAUUCCAGUUGUCAAGAAUACUCUGCAGAAUCCAUUUGUGCAAGUUUUUAUCAAACUCAUGGUGAAGCUGGAUGCUGUCGAACUGCUGAGCGAAAUAAAUGAACUGGAUGAUAUAAGGUUGGAAUUGCAGAACAACGCUGACAUCAUCAAUCAGCUGAACACAUUAUCUACCCUGGCAGUAAAUGUAUCCUCCUGUGUGUCGUUUGAUCGCAUUCAGGUGGCAAAAAACAGAGGGGAGCUGGAAAUGGUAGCUAAAGAGCUUUUUUUGAGGAAUGAACUUUUUGGAAGUGUCAUUUUCAAUCUACCAUCAAGCAGUAACAGACAGAGGAGAGCAACUCCCGACAGUCUCUCCCUUCCUCCACUGGUCAAUUAUACCAUCCGAAUGAGCAGCAGGAUUUCCCAAACGACAAAUAGGAUCAGGGAGAGGAUCUGGACCGUGGGCCCACAUAAUUCAGCCUCGCAGAGCCAGAUCUACAGCCGAGCCUUUAUCUAUAUCCAGGACAGUAUCGAGAGAGCAAUCAUUGAGUUGCAGACUGGGAAGAGUCCAGAGGAAAUAGCUGUUCAAAUCCAGGCCACUCCCUACCCCUGCUACAAUAAGGACAUGUUCUUAAGCAGUGUGACCUACUCUCUUCCAUUUGCUCUGAUGGCUGCUUGGUCAUUGUUUAUAGCUGCUUUUGUGAAAAAACUUGUUCAAGAGAAAGAUCUAAGGCUAUAUGAGUACAUGAAGAUGAUGGGUGUCAACUCCAGCAGCCAUUUCAUUGCCUGGUUCAUUGAAAGUGCUACCUUCCUUCUAAUCACAGUCGUGUUUCUCAUCAUUAUACUGAAAGUUGGCAACAUCCUGCCCAAAAUCAAUGUGGUGAUUCUGUUCCUGUACCUCAUGGACUACAGCCUCUCCAUCAUAGCCAUGUGUUACCUCAUCAGUGUCUUCUUCAACAACACCAACAUCGCCGCCUUGGUUGGCAGCCUUAUUUACAGCCUCACCUUUUCUCCCUUCAUUGUGCUGCUGGUAAUUGAGAAUCAUUUGAGCUUUUCAGUGAAGAGUCUGCUGAGCCUAUUGUCCCCAACUGCAUUCAGUUAUGCAAGUCAGUACAUUGCUCGUUAUGAGGAACAGGGCAUAGGCCUGCAAUGGGACAAUAUGUAUAGCUCACCCAUGUCUGGCGACAAUACUUCUUUUGGCUGGAUGUGCUGGCUAAUUCUGAUAGACUCUUUCAUCUAUUUCAUUCUGGGUUGGUACAUUAGGAAUGUUUUCCCAGGAAAAUAUGGCAUGGCUGCCCCAUGGUAUUUCCCAUUGCUUCCAUCCUACUGGGCCGAAAGCUACGGUGACAGACCAUUAUGGAAUGAGAAAAGAUGCAGUCUCCUCUUCACCAAACUCUUUCUAAGAAACAAGGCUGCAUUCGCCAGUAAGAUGUAUGUCAAAAGUGCCCUUCCUCCUAACCUCGAGCCUGAACCCCCCAACCUCACCGUGGGAGUCUCUCUUCAUGGAAUAACAAAGACCUAUGGCUCCAAAGCUGCCGUUGAGAACCUCAGCCUGAACUUCUAUGAAGAAAACAUCACCUCCUUGCUGGGGCACAAUGGAGCUGGAAAAACAACGACAAUAUCUAUUUUGACAGGGCUGUUUCCUGCAUCAUCAGGCACGAUAUUUGUUUAUGGCAAAGAUAUCAGGACCGAUCAGGACCUCAUCAGGAAGAACAUGGGUGUCUGUAUGCAGCACAACGUGCUAUUUAGUUACCUCACUGCCAAGGAACAUUUGCUGCUCUAUGGCUACAUCAAAGUCCCGCACUGGAGUGAGCAGGAGCUGGAUGAGGCAGUGAAAAGGACUCUGAAGGAUACUGGCUUGUACAACCAUCGUCACAAACUAACUGGCUCCCUGUCGGGAGGGAUGAAAAGAAAGCUGUCUAUAUCGAUAGCUCUCCUUGGUGGAUCAAGGGUCGUGAUCUUGGAUGAACCAACCACUGGUGUGGACCCAUGCUCUCGGAGGAGUAUUUGGGAGAUUAUAUCGAAAAAUAAAAAAGGCCGAACAAUUAUUCUCUCUACCCAUCACUUGGAUGAAGCGGAAGUUUUGAGUGAUCGAAUUGCGUUCCUGGAACAUGGAGGACUCAAAUGCUGUGGGUCUCCAUUCUACCUCAAAGAAACGUUCGGUAAUGGAUACCACCUGACUCUCACUAAGAAGAAGUGUCCAAACCAGAACCUGGCAGAGGAGUACGACACCUCAACAGUGACCUCCCUGAUCCAGUCACACCUCCCAGAAGCUUAUCUCAAGGAAGAUGUUGGUGGAGAGCUUGUGUAUGUGCUUCCACCAUUCAACUCCAGAGUCUCUGGAGCGUAUCAAUCUCUCCUGAGGGCUCUAGAUACUGGCUUGAGUGAUCUCCACAUUGGCUGCUAUGGCAUUUCAGACAGCACCGUGGAAGAGGUAUUUCUUAACCUGACUAAAGACCUGGAGAAAGACAAACAGCAUGAUCCUGGAUUGUCCCAACAGGCCAGUGGACUAAUGGACAGCAAGGAGAUGUCUCUGAGCACGGAUAGCGUCACUGGAAGAGAUGACCAAGCCCUGGUCAGAUCAAAAAAGGUGACCGGUUUGCCACUGCUGCUCAAGAAGACAACAGCCAUUUUCAUUAAGAGGUUCCACCACACCAGACGGAACUUGAAAGGCUUUUUGACUCAGGGCAUCCUACCUGUGAUCUUUGUGACAGUAGCCAUGGGCCUCAACACAUUGAGAACUGAGGUGGCUGAAUUCCCAGAACUCCACCUUUCUCCCUCCCUGUAUGGUUCCUCAGGGCAAGCAGAUUUCUUUGGGAACUUUAAUGAGACCACAGAUGCUUUAGUUGCUUCGAUGCUUUCUUUCCCUGGAACAGAUAACACAUGCUUGAAUGAAAGCAAUUCGGUGUGUUUGAACGACAGCAUGCUUGGCCAGUGGGUAUUCCAUGGAAACCAGAGUACUAGAUAUUCUGCAUGCAACUGCACAGCCAGCAGCCAGACUUGUCCAAAGAUUGACUUCUCCCCACCUCACAAAAGAACUUUUUCCUCUCGGAUGAUUUAUAAUCUUACUGGGCAUGAUGUGGAAACGUACCUUCUAGCAACUGCCAAAGAUUUCCUCCAGAAAAGAUAUGGCGGCUGGAGCUUUGGGUUGCCUUUGACUACUGACCUCAAGUUUGAUAUACGCCCAGUGCCUGCAAACAGAACGCUAACUAAGGUGUGGUAUAAUCCAGAGGGGUAUCACAGCCUUCCAGCCUACCUCAACAGCCUCAACAACUUCAUUCUUCGAGCGAACAUGCCAAAAAACGAGUCUUCCAAAUAUGGUAUUUCCAUUGUGAGUCAUCCCUAUCCCGGUGGACAGAGUAAAGAACAAGUCAUGCUCAGCAGCUUGCUUGAUAUCCUAGUCUCAAUGUCUGUCCUGAUUGGCUACUCCAUCACAACAGCAAGCUUUGUGCUUUAUGUGGUGAAAGAACAUCAAACCAAAGCUAAGCAACUGCAGCAUAUUUCAGGCAUCGGCGUGACAAGCUAUUGGGUGACUAACUUCAUCUACGACCUGGUUCUUUUUAUGGUCCCGGUUGCCCUCUCAAUAGGAGUUAUUUCAGCUUUCCAAAUACCUGCUUUCUUCAAUGAUAAUAACCUAGUGGCUGUAUUUCUUUUGAUGAUGAUGUUUGGAUAUGCAACGUUUUCAUGGAUGUACUUGCUGGCUGGGAUCUUCAAGGAAACAGGAAUGGCCUUCAUAGUUUAUGUCAGCAUCAACUUGUCCUUUAGCAUUAAUACCAUCAUUACUCAUUCAGUUGUGUUUCUACUUUCACAAGAAAAGGCUACUGAUCAGGGCUUGCAUGAUCUCUCUGAAAUCUUGAGGCACGUUUUCCUGAUCUCUCCACAAUUCUGCUUUGGAUAUAGCUUGAUUGAAUUGUCUCAGCACCAGGCGCUGAUGGGCUUCUUAAAAGCCUAUGGCGUGGAUUACCCUGACAGAACCUUUGAGAUGGACAGAAUAAGCUCCAAGCUGCUUGGCAUGUUUAUCCAGGGCACUAUAUUCUUUGCAAUUCGGCUCUUAAUGCAUGAUGGGAUGAUUCAGAAAGUCUGGUCUAGUAUAUUAGAAUUCCUGUUCGACAAAGUGCAUGGCAGGCCACCGCUUCUGCUGGAGGUAGCUGAUGAAGACAAAGAUGUUCAGGCUGAGAGGGAGCGGGUUGAGUCUGGCCGAGAAGACAUCGACGUGGUACAGCUCCAGAGCCUCACCAAGAUCUACCAUCUUCCUCUCAGAAGAAUCAUGGCAGUCAAAAAUGUCAGCAUUGGAAUCCCAGCAGGAGAGUGCUUCGGGCUGCUUGGUGUGAACGGUGCCGGAAAGACAACUAUCUUUAAAAUGCUAACAGGAGACAUCGGGGCUACCAGUGGAAGAUUGAGAGUACGGGAUCAAACUGGAUCCCUGAGUGACAUUGAUGACACCCACUGGUCGCUCUUCGGCUACUGCCCUCAAGAAGAUGCCUUGGAUGACUUGCUGACAGUGGAAGAGCACAUGUACUACUAUGCUCGGCUACACGGCACCCCAGAGAAACAGAUUAAAGGAAUUGUACAUCAGCUUCUUCAUAGACUUAAUCUGAUGCCGUACAAAGACAGAGUCACCUCGAUGUGCAGCUAUGGCACUAAUAGAAAGUUAUCAACUGCUCUGGCCCUCAUUGGUAAUCCAUCAAUUCUACUGCUGGAUGAACCAAGCUCUGGAAUGGAUCCUAAUGCUAAACGAUACCUUUGGAAAAUCAUCACUGAGGAAGUUCAGAACCAAUGUUCAGUGAUACUCACUUCCCACAGCAUGGAAGAAUGUGAAGCUCUCUGUACCAGGCUGGCUAUUAUGGUGAAUGGACGUUUCCAGUGCCUUGGCUCUUUGCAGCAUAUUAAGACCAGGUUUGGAAGAGGAUUCACCGUGAAGAUGCACUUGAUGAGCAGCGAGGUCAGCACGGAGGCUCUGACGGAGUUAAUGCAGUCCCACUUUCCAGAUACAUGCCUGAAGGACCGGCAUCUCAACAUGGUGGAAUAUCACGUGCCCAUCUCCGCAGGAGGAGUAGCAAACAUAUUUGAUCUUCUGGAAACCAACAAAAUAGCCUUCAAAAUCAGGCACUUCUCAGUGAGUCAAACCACUCUAGAGGAGGUUUUCAUCAACUUUGCCAAAGAUCAGACUGGGGCUGACAAUGCAGAUGCGAGUACAGAUGUAGGCUCAGAUUGCUCGGAUACAAGUAGCCAAGAUACCAACAUAAGCGCCAUCUGUUAAAGGGAUAUUGCGGUGUUAAAAAAAUCAUAUUUUUCUAAACAAUGGGUUUUUUACUUAUUUUGUUAUUAGCAACCUGGUAAACAUGUAAAACUGGCAUAUCAGAUUAGUCUUGCCCCAAUCUUACAGUUCUUGUUCUAGUUUUAUUUUAUAUCUAUAUUGUGAAGUUGGUGACAUCUCCUGAUACUUGCUGUUCAAAUACACUGGAAGCUCUUCACCAUUGGCUGUCACCAAGAAGAACAGUGGGGGAUAGAGUAGAGCAGCUGCUCUGGAGUCAGGGACAUAAGUGAGAAGAAGGACGGGACAGUUGUUCGGACGCUAGCUGGGCUCUCAGGAAACCCGGGGUUCAAUUUCCUGCUUUGCCCCAGACUUUCUUGUGACCUUGGGCAAGACACUUGAAAUCUCAGUCAAAUGGCAGGCAUCACAACACUUCCCUCCCCCCAGAGGUGUUGUGAGUCUAGAUACAUUAAAGGUGGUGAUACUCCAGCAAUGGGGUCCAUCUUAGAUAGCUAUGUAAAGCUUUUCUCUGUGUGUGGAUUAUGUCAGUAUUAAUACAGUUAUUUAAAAUCCACGCUUCCUGUUGUUUUUGUUUGUUUAUGUAGUUUGCACCAACUCUACAUGACCCCUAAUACAAAUCUCCCGGUCCCGGCAAUUUUCCCCUACCCAUACUCCACAACUCAGCAAACCCAACAGCCUGACCACAGGAAGCAUUAUACCUAGCAAUAUUGCCCAGUCCAGUUUAAACACCACCUCUCUGCC